AAAGAGGUACGUCAAGUUUUCUCUUUUGCCUCGUCAAAUUGCAUUUCGAUUUAAAAUGGGUCACAAAAUUAGAGACAUUAGAGAGAAAUUGAAAGCUAUUGAUGCUGAUAAGAAUCAAUUCUAUUUCUCUGAGCAUGUGAUAAUUACUCGAGAUGAUGAGCUGAGAAAGAGUCGAGAGACUAUCUCUUUUAUAUGUGAUGAUGAAGUGGUCGGUAGAGAUCCCGACAAGAAAGCAAUUAUAGAUCUUCUCCUAAAUACAGAUCUUAAUACCAAGGAGAACAUUGGGAUGAUUGCUAUAGUUGGAAUGGGAGGAUUAGGAAAAACAACACUUGCUCAAACUGUCUACAAUAAUGAAAACAUAACGAAACAUUUUGAUUUGAAACUAUGGGUGUGUGUUUCUGAAGACUUUGAUAUAAAGGUUAUUGUUGAAAAGAUUAUAGAGUUUGCAACAAGAAAGAAACCUGAGAUUCUUCAAAUGGAUUCGUUGCAAAGUGAUCUUCGAACUCAUAUUAAUGGGAAAAAGUACUUGCUCAUUAUGGAUGAUGUGUGGAAUGAAGAUUACGAGAAAUGGGUUAAUCUCAAAAGAUUAUUGACGGGUGGUGCGUCAGGCAGUAGAGUUUUGAUCACAACGCGUCAUCGACGAGUUGCAGAGACUUUUGACACGACUUCAUGUUAUGAUUUAGGAGAAUUGGAUGAUAAAAGUGCUUGGCUAUUGUUCAAAAAAAUGGCUUUAGGAAGCGAGGAACCAGGAAAAGAACUUGAAAAUUCAAAUCUAGUCGAUAUUGGCAAGGAGAUUGUGGUAAAGUUCAAAGGCCUUCCUCUUGCAAUAAGAACGAUAGGACGUCUUUUAUAUGCCAAAAAGCCAGAGUAUCAUCUUUGGUUGACUUUCAAGGAUAAAGAGCUUUCUCGAGUUUUGGAGCAAAGAGAAGAGACACAAUUCAUACUAUCAAUACUGGAGCUUAGUUAUCACCAUCUACCGUCUAGUUUGAAGCAAUGUUUUUUAUAUUGUACUUUAUUUCCCAAAGAUUAUAAUAUUCGAAAGGAUGAAGUGAUAAAGCAGUGGGUGACACAAAGUUUCGUUCAAUCAGUUGGCAUAAUUGAGCCAUAUGACAUUGGUGAAGAUUAUUUCAUGGAAUUAUUAUCAAGGUCAUUCUUUCAAGACGUCACAAGAAAUGAAAUGGGUGACAUAAUAAAGUUUAAGAUUCACGACUUGAUGAAUGAUCUUGCUUGUUCCAUAGUGAAGAAAGAAUAUGUUUCUAUGGAUGUGAAUGAUAAGGUCGUCACGGGAAGAACGAGACACAUCUCAAUUUACCAUAACUUCGGUAUAAAGUUGGAGAACUUGAAAUUAUUAUAUGAGGCAAAAAAUUUGCAGACAUUAAUUAUUGAUGCUCCCACUAAGGAUGCCCAAAAAGUCCUUAACCUAAUUCCUACUAAGUUUUUGCGAUUAAGGACGUUGAGUUUUGAUUCCAGCAUUUUUAGUACUUUUCAAGUAUUGCCCAAAUCUAUUGGCAAGUUGAAACAUUUAAGAUAUCUGAAUAUUUGUCUAUAUGAACUUCAGUUCCUUCCGAAUUCAAUAACUAAAUUGUAUAAUUUGGAAACACUUAUCCUUGAUUGGUGUGAACAUUUACAAGAGUUGCCGAGAGAUGCAAAAAAUUGGAUGAAGUUAAGGUAUCUAAGCCUUACUGGAAAUACAGAGAUAAAAUUCCUUCCGGAUUCAAUUGCUUCGUUGCAAAAUUUGGAAACACUUAUCCUUCAAGAUUGUUCUCUAUUAAGAGAAUUGCCUAAAGAUAUUAAAAAAUGUGUUAACCUUAAGCAUCUUGAUUUACGUGGUUGCAAUGCGUUGACUCAUUUACCUAAAGGACUAGGUGAGCUUACUAAUCUUCAAACAAUGAACUUGUUUAUAUUAAAUAAAGAUGUUGGUUGCGAGAUUUAAGCGAGUUGAACAGAUUGAGUAAGUUGAGGGGAUCAUUAACUAUUAAAGGUUUGGAAGUUUGUACAACGGAAGAUUUGGAAAAUAGUUAUUUUAACUUACGACUGAAGUUGGGUUUUCAAGAGUUAAAGUUUGUUUGGAACUAUUCCAAAGAUGAGCAUAUGAACAUUGUCUUGGACAAUGAAUGUAAAGGGGAUUUAAAUUGCUUACAACCACAUUCAAACGUUCGAAAGAUAGAUAUAUGCAGAUAUCCAGAAGUCAUGCUAUGUGAUUGGUUAUCAUCUAAUACCCUUCUACACUUGGUCAGCAUAAAACUUUGAGAUUGCUUCCAAUUGCAGGUUCU